AUGGAAUUUGUGAAAUGCUGCUGUGAGAAGUGUAAACCACAAGCUGGAUAUAGUCAGUCACAGGCUAUAGCUGGAUAUAGUCAGUCACAGGCUAUAGCUGCACAUAGCCAGACACAGGCUAUAUCUGGAUAUAGUCAGUCACAGGCUAUAACUGGAUAUAGUCAGUCACAGGCUAUAGCUGCACAUAGCCAGACACAGGCUAUAGCUGGAUAUAGUCAGUCACAGGCUAUAGCUGGAUAUAGUCAGUCACAGGCUAUAGCUGGAUAUAGUCAGUCACAGGCUAUAGCUGGAUAUAGUCAGUCACAGGCUAUAACUGGAUAUAGUCAGUCACAGGAUAUAACUGGAUAUAGUCAGUCACAGGCUAUAGCUGCACAUAGCCAGACACAGGCUAUAGCUGGAUAUAGUCAGUCACAGGCUAUAGCUGCACAUAGCCAGACACAGGCUAUAGCUGGAUAUAGUCAGUCACAGGCUAUAACUGGAUAUAGUCAGUCACAGGCUAUAACUGGAUAUAGUCAGUCACAGGCUAUAGCUGGAUAUAGUCAGUCACAGGCUAUAGCUGCACAUAGCCAGACACAGGCUAUAUCUGGAUAUAGUCAGUCACAGGCUAUAACUGGAUAUAGUCAGUCACAGGCUAUAGCUGGAUAUAGUCAGUCACAGGCUAUAGCUGCACAUAGCCAGACACAGGCUAUAGCUGGAUAUAGUCAGUCACAGGCUAUAGCUGGAUAUAGUCAGUCACGGGCUAUAACUGGAUAUAGUCAGUCACAGGCAAUAACUGGAUAUAGUCAGUCACAGGCUAUAGCUGGAUAUAGUCAGUCACAGGCUAUAACUGGAUAUAGUCAGUCACAGGCUAUAGCUGGAUAUAGUCAGUCACAGGCUAUAACUGGAUAUAGUCAGACACAGGCUAUAGCUGGAUAUAGUCAGUCACAGGCUAUAGGUGGAUAUAUUCAGUCGCAGGCAAUAACUGGAUAUAGUCAGUCACAGGCUAUAGCUGGAUAUAGUCAGUCACAGGCUAUAGCUGGAUAUAGUCAGUCACAGGCUAUAGCUGGAUAUAGUCAGUCACAGGCUAUAGCUGGAUAUAUUCAGUCGCAGGCAAUAACUGGAUAUAUUCAGUCGCAGGCUAUAGGUGGAUAUAGUCAGUCACAGGCUAUAGCUGGAUAUAGUCAGUCACAGGCUAUAACUGGAUAUAGUCAGUCACAGGCAAUAACUGGAUAUAGUCAGACACAGUAG